UCAUUAUUUGCAGUUUUAGUAUCAAGUUUCUCUUAUCAUGAAGCUUUCACUCCUCCCCAUCCUUGCACUUCUCACGGUUGCCCAUGCUGCCAUGCCUCCUGAACUUUACUGGAAGUCCAUGCUUCCCAAUACUCCCAUGCCCAAAUCUAUCUCAGAUGUCCUCCACUCAUCAGCUGGUGGGCACACUACAAUGCACGCCAAGUAUGAUCAUUAUAUGUCAGCUGCAUUUCAACAGUAUGCUGGAGGUGUAUUCAUUAUUUAUGACGAGCCUGAGACCCAACUCCAACAUAACCCCUACGCGUCUCUCAUCUUUCUGGAAAAAGACUUGAAGCCUGCUCACAAAAUGAACUUGUUCUUCACCAACACUUCUAACCAAGCCUGCGUCCUGCCUCGUGAAGUCGUGAAAUCCAUUCCCUUCUCUUCUAGCAAGAUGGAUGAAAUAUUGGGAAAGUUUUCUGUGAAAGCUGGGUCCACAGAAGCUGAGAUGAUGAAGAAUAUAAUUAAAGAGUGUGAAGAGUCAGGGCUUAAAGGAGAGGAGAAGUACUGUGCGACGUCGUUGGAAUCCAUGGUUGAUUUUAUCACUUCCAAGCUUGGGAGACACGUGGAAGCUUUAUCUACAGAAGUGAUGAAGAAGAAAGAAACAAAGAAGCAAGAAUACAGAAUAAUGCAUGGAGUGAAGAGGGUAGGAGAAGCGAAUCUAGUGGUGAGCCACAAGCUCAGUUAUGUGUAUGCCGUCUUUUACUGUCACAAAAUGGAGAGUACAAGAGCCUAUACGGUGCCGUUGCAGGGCGAAGAUGGGAGCAGAGUGAAGGCAGUGGCUGUAUGUCACACAGACACAUCAGAAUGGAACCCAAAACAUUUGGCCUUCCAAGUGCUCAAAGUGAAGCCAGGGAGUGUUCCUGUCUGUCACUUCCUUGCUCAAGAAACUGUUCUGUGGGUCCCAAAACAAACGCCUAAUUAGCAUCCAUCUCACUGAUGCUCCUUUCGCUUCUACGUAUCCAAGGAAUCUCUCGGGAGGUGCUCUUCGUUUUGUUUUGUUUUGUUUUGUUUUGGUUUUUUUUUUUAAUAAGACAUUUGAUAACUUCAGAGAGUAUUAUUACCGAUCUGAACUGCUCAGAUUAGAUGUGGACACUCCAAGUUUACUAUUUUUUAUGAAGACUGAGACACUGAAUAUAAGGGAGUUAAAGAAC